UCUGUGAUAAACAGAUCGGCUGUCAAAGUGGGGAGAGUUAUCAUACAUUGGGAUUUGAUCUUUGCUUGGCUUGUAUCAGAAAAUAUCCUAGUACAAUUAAUACACAAUGGCACGAGAAAGUAGCGCAGGAUUUGACAGGCAUAUUACUAUCUUUUCUCCCGAAGGAAGGCUUUAUCAAGUUGAGUAUGCAUUGAAGGCUAUAAACCAAGGUGGUCUGACGUCAGUGGCCCUGCGCGGCACGGAUGCAGCUGUGGUAGCUGCACAGCGGAAGGUGCCCGACCGUUUGCUCGACCCCUCUUCAGUCACACAUCUGUUCCCGCUUACCAAGCGCAUAGGCUGUGUUAUGACUGGAAUGAUUGCGGACAGCAGGUCGCAGGUGCAGCGUGCGCGUUACGAGGCGGCCAACUGGCAGUACAAGUAUGGCACUGAGAUCCCCAUACACAUCUUGUGUCGUCGCAUCGCAGACAUCUCGCAGGUCUACACGCAGAACGCCGAAAUGCGUCCACUUGGGUGCAGUAUGAUGCUAGUGGCUUACGACGAUGAGAGUGGUCCAUGUGUGCAUAAGACCGAUCCAUCGGGCUACUACUGCUCGUACAAGGCGGUGUCGGCGGGCGCCAAGGCCACGGACGCCAACGCCUACCUGGAGAAGAAGCUCAAGAAGCGCUCGGACCUGUCCGCGGACGACGUCGUACAGCUCGCUAUAUCCUGCCUGUCGCAAGUUCUCUCAGUAGACUUCAAGUCAUCUGAGAUUGAAGUGGGCCUUGUUACAAAGGAUGACCCCACAUUCCGAGUUUUGGCUGAAAAUGAGAUUGACAGACACCUUACUGCCAUAGCUGAGAAAGAUUAAAGGACUGGGGGCAGCCGACAUAAUCUCUAUUAUCUUUUUAAUAAAAAACCUAUUACAAAAUGAA